GGGCUCGCAUUCCAUCACCUCUUCUCUCUGUCAUGGCAUUCAAUGCGAAUCACCAUUACUCCUCAUCCUGCAACACAAAGACAAAUCACCUUCACAUCCUUAUUCAUCAUUAAUUACCCCUUCCGUUAUCAAUGGAGCACCGGCACACUCACAUGACCUUCUUCAAUACCCUCCUCUCUCUAUUUUAAUUUAUCACCUUCUUUUCUCUCCAAUUUUAUAAAAGGGGGUUUCGGUUGUUCAUGGUUUGACGGGAUUCACUGAAAAAGAUACUUCUUCAUCCUUAUUUAACCGUUAAAGAACAUAGCAGGGUGUCUCGACCAUGAAGGGUUUUGGAUUGUGGAUUUUGUUCUUGGUGUUUGGAACAGCUUUGCUUGUCGUCUGCUUGUCUUCACUUCCUCCUGGCAGUGAUCUUGCCCGUGCCCGACAUAAGAAAAUCAUGGAAUUAACAAAGCCAAGCAGGAAACUGAAGGACUAUAUUCGUGAUGAAAGUGACAAUGGAGGCAUGGGUGUAGACGAUUACCUCCCUAAUGACCCGGUUCCAAGUUCUAAGGCAAUAAAGCCCGGCCCGAUCGAGCAUGGCACGCCUCUUAUGCCUUACAUACCGAAGCCCGCGCCUCCUAGUCCCGGGCCAAAUGAGUCGGAGUAUUUCAGGUUACCUUAGCCUAUGUUGGUUUAGUAUUGUAAUAAGUUGUUAGGAAUGGUAUGUAAUAUAAUUGGAACACUAGUGGGCAUCCCUUUGUUCUUCUAUGCUGAAUUUGCCCCGAGUUCCAAUAGGAAGUGUGACGCAUUAAACUCGGAUUAUGAAAACGGUUGUAGUUUGUGUUUUGAAAUGUUAUAAUGUAACACGUUAGCUGUUUGUUUUAUAAGUUGUUGAUUAUGGU